AUGGACUUCUACCCCGAGCUUCUUGCGUUGCUGGAGUUCUUGGAUGUGGGAGGCCAGGCAUUGUUUGCAGGCAAGCGAUUCUACUUCGGCUGCGGUGGUGGGACGGCUUCCUUUGCGACAGCUUCCAAGGAAGCAGGUUUCAACGUGACGGUUUCCAAAGUAAUUGAAGAUGGGCGUUCCAACAUCCGUGAGAUUCUCCUCAUCUCGAAGCCUGCUGAAACACAGACGCCUCCGGCCAAACGUCACAAGACUGAGACCGAAGACACUGCUUUGAAGCAGGAUGGCACUGACUGUGGACGAGAAGUAGCUGACAGCUGCGGCUAG